GAAAAAAUAAAAACAACACGCGUUCCCUUUUUGCCCAAAUACUUUAUCUCCUCCCUUUGCUCUUUCUUCUUCACAAACGGCGCUUCCCACUGGAAACUCCAAUUACAACCCUCCACAGUUCACCAUCCUCUCCGGUCAUCCCAUCUAGACAUCGCCGUCUCUAAGAUUGCCGCCGACAACGAAGCCCUCCGGCUCCCUCAUCGACGCGUAUUUCGUUUUUACCCCUGCGCCCCCUCGUCUCUUUCUAUUUCUCACGAAUCCUAUUCCUUCCAACCCCUCUCCGACGAUUGCUACCCUCCAACGCCUGCUUGUCACCGUCUCCUCCAACGACUCACAGCCCUAAUCGGACCAUCGUUGGAGCGCAGUCCCUCCACCUAAUAGGACGAUCGGCCAGCCCCACCAUUUUUCGGAUAUCACACCAGGGUUCUUUGGUUGGUGUCAUUCUUUUGUUACUGAUUCCAUAUCUGUGUUCCCAAGUAGAAAAGCUUCUCAUAUGCAAACUGACCCAACAUAAGGCCCGCUUGCAACCGGAUCUAUCCCGACUGGACCCGGCGUCUGCUUCUCAACGACCAAACCAACAAAAUGGCAGCAGCAUCCAAUUCCGCUUCUGCACCCCCCUCCGGCAACAGCUUCUCGUCCGCCGCUAAGGACGGCAUGACGGUGGAGGAGUGCGAGACUAUGAUCCAAAGAAGCCUUAGAACUCCAUCGGUGAAGUUUUUACGGGAGCAUUUGGAGAAAAGUGGAUGUAAUAUCGCGUCCAAUUUUAUCAAGGCUGUCAAUUGCGACCAAAAGAUGAGUGGUGGUUAUGUUCGCGGAGAAGGGAUAGUGGUAUGUAGCAAUUACAUGAACAUUCAAGAUGAGGUAAAUCAAGUGGUUAUCCAUGAACUAAUUCAUGCAUAUGAUGACUGUCGAGCUGCAAAUUUGGAUUGGACUAAUUGUGCUCAUCAUGCUUGUAGUGAGAUUCGAGCUGGGCAUCUCAGUGGUGAUUGCCACUAUAAAAGGGAACUGUUGCGAGGUUUUGUCAAAAUAAGAGGCCAUGAACAAGAGUGUGUGAGGAGAAGGGUAAUGAAGUCAUUAGCCAACAAUCCAUAUUGUUCAGAAGCAGCUGCUAAGGAUGCAAUGGAAGCUGUGUGGGAGACUUGUUAUAAUGAUACAAAGCCAUUUGACAGAGCCCCUUGAGAUUUUUUAUAUAAUUUCUGGGUUGAGUUUUUCCCCAUUUUUAUUCAAACUAUGUAAUUUUAACAAGACUUGAGCAUUGAUAUUUGAGAAUUUUUCCUGAA